AUAGACGAGUAUUACAUCGUUUCCCAUUACAUCGACUUAUCUCCGCUGGCUUCAACUAAUAACGGGACAGUGCCCCUAUUUCAUCUAUAGACAACUGGAUGCAAGCUCUUCCAACUUAUUUCAGAUAUUUUAUGCGAAAAUAUUCACACCUGCCAUUGCUGUUAUCACUAACCUACAAACAAAUGGAUGUAUAAGGUGACCUCUAACAUGCAAAGUUUCAGACCUAAUCUCUUUUGAAGACAAAUCUUGCUUUAACUGUUCCUUUAGUCAUUUGAAGUGAAUUGGGACGAUGAGGAUUGUUUCACUCGUGUGUUUUCUAUCUGGACUAUCUGUGCGAGAUGUAACGAGCAAUCCUGUCAAUUGUGCCGAUCAUGGACAAUGGUUAGGCACGAGUAUCAACUGUCUGCAAAUAGGUCCACAACCAAAGAGAGAGAAACCCGAACUCCCAGAAAAACCCGAGAGACCGGAAAGACCGGAGAGGCCGGAAUUCCCCGAGUCGGAGUUGUAUGAGCCGGAAGAACCGGACAUCGAAGAACCCGAAUACCGAGGAUUGGGAUGGGGGACUCCCAGACCUUGUCCGCCAGGGAACAAGAAUUGCAAUCGAGGUGGAAAUGGGGGUUCUCAUGGAGUUAUGGGAGUUUACAAGGCAGCAGCGUUCAUCGGCGUUGCUAUCCUCAUUGCAAUAUUGGUUACCAUUCUCAGUCUCGUGAUAUAUUGUGUGUGGAAACGAAGACGAGAUAUACGUCCUACUCAUAUCAAUAAUGGUAUAAAGAUAUCGAAUGCAAGCAAUGGAUACGCCACACCCGGUGGAAAGUGCUCCUUGGGAGUAGGCGGGUCUGGUGCUAUAUGCACAUGCACGAACACCGGCCACCAGUGUUGCGAACAAAUUAAGGUAUCACGACCAAAUCAGCAUGACAACGCACACCACUACGCCGGUCCGUCACACAACACGACACAACCCUCCACUCCAGUCAGCAGAAAACCGCAAGUCAUUCCAUAUGCGCAGUCAGAGGCAUAUCCAAGCAGAAGUGACAAGACUGCUGAUAACGACGACAACCUCAGAGGAUACAUGGGCCUGAUAAAAAGUCGUCCUGAAGGCGAUCCAAAACACCCAACCCCACCUAACCAUCCUCGAACUGGUGGUAUAACACAGGCAGUAAAUCACGAAUACCACUUGCCACACCAUGGUUCAGCCAUUGUAGGAACGCCACGAAUCAAUCAUGCAAGAGAACCGCAGCAGACACACGCCCUCUCCGGUGGCCGAGAUCGCCAGUCACCCGAUGCAGAUCCUUAUUAUUUUAAGCUGGAUGAUAGCCCAAACACGGUCCAACCAAGAUCGAUGAUGCCAGAUGGGAAUGUUCCUGACCUCAUUGCGAACAGGCCUCUGCCAUCCAAAGAGUUGAUACAGGAGAGAUCCGCACCCGCCGUCGACGAAAGGAUGGUGCAGAAAGGUCUUUCAACACAAAGGGGAGGAUAUGAUGCCAUUUUUGUACAUGAUGGUUUGGGCUCUGAGGUUUCUCCGCAUAAUAUCCUUGCAGCUGAAGAAAGUUACGAUAAAUUAGACCGGUCGAGAAAAUCGUUCAGACCCAGAGAUAAUAAUGGAGAUUAUAACACGAUAUCCCUCGACGUACUCAAGAUGUAAUAUUGUCACUAAUAAGACUGCAGUCUGUGUAAAUGCAAUUGAGAAACAACAGGUUGAUUUCCAAAUAAUCAAAUGAAAGUUGACAUUCAUAUUGAAACUAUGAAAAAUCCGUCUUUACUGACUUAAUAAUAUGAAAAGAAAUUGAUGCCCUGCAUAUCUUUUCUCAUGGAAUUCCAUAUUACAUCCAUUCCUGUUGAAUCUUAUUAUUCAAAUGCUUUAUUGCUGAAGUUUGUUUC